AUAAGUUGUGGAUCAGUAUAUAUGGUAAAAUUAUAAAAUAAUUUAAUCAUAUAAGUUACAGUUCUAAAAGAGGAAAUCCAACUUUGCUACCAAUCACUAAUCACCUGUAUUCACUGAUUUCAUAUUUUGUUGGGCGUGAAAAAUGGCAACAGAACUCUCAAAGAGUGUUGAAGCUAUGUCAAUGGCGGAUGAAGAACCACCGUCAGCAUAUAUAGUCAAAGGAUGCAGUUUUGCACCCUCAGAUUUGUCUUCUUCUUCAUCUCCGUUUCCGGUUAUCGAUAUCAGCCUUUUCUCUUCAAUUUCUGAUGAUAACACAAACACUGAGGUUCAAUCUGCUCUGCACACUCUAAGAUCAGCUCUCACCUCCACCGGAUGCUUCCAGGCAAUAGGACACGGAAUGUCGGGUUCAUUUCUGGACAAGAUACGAGAAAUGGCAUGUGAGUUUUUCGAGCUUCCAGCAGAAGAGAAGCAAAAAUACGGCAGAUCUGCUAAUGAAAGUGAAGGCUAUGGAAGCGAUAUGGUAGUUUCAGAAAAACAAGUUCUUGACUGGUCUCAUCGCCUUAGUCUUAGGGUAUUUCCUGAAGCUAAAAGGAGGAUUCAUCUUUGGCCGAAAACACCAGCUGAUUUCAGUGCUUUUUUGCACGAAUAUAGUAUCAAGAUAAAGGAGAUGAUGGAAAUUCUGUACAAGGCCAUGGCAAGAUCACUAAAUCUGGAAGAAAACUGCUUCUCCAGCCAGUUUGGUGAGGCGUCACUAAUGCAAGCAAGAUUCAAUUUCUAUCCGAAAUGUUCAAGGCCUGAUUUGGUACUCGGUGUCAAACCUCAUACUGAUAGAUCAGGCAUUACGGUUCUGUUGCAAGAUAAACAAGUUGAAGGUCUUCAAAUCUUGGUUGAUGACAGAUGGGUUCGAGUCCCUGUAAUUUCUGAUGCUUUUGUUGUCAAUCUUGGAGAUCAAAUGCAGAUAAUGAGUAAUGGAAUAUUCAAAAGUCCGAUGCACAGGGUGGUGACGAAUACGGAAAGGUUGAGGUUAUCAAUAGCAUUAUUCCAUGAACCAGAGGUGGAGAAAGAAAUCGGAGCUGUGGAUGGACUAAUUAGUGAAGAAAGACCAAGAUUAUACAGAAAUGUGAAGAAUUAUGGCGCUAUCAAUUAUGAGUGUUAUCAGAAAGGAAUAGUAGCAUUAGAGACUGUAAAACUCUAAUACUAUGUGAUCACGUUUUAAUUUGCUAGUUCUAUUUAUUUUCUCUAGUUAUGUUGUGUUGAACUUGAAUCCGUAUUUAUCAGAUAUACAGAUAGCUAUGGUUCUGUUGUGAA